CAGUCCUCCUCCCAGGGGUCUGGAGCUGGCAAGUGACUAUGCGGCUUGGGUUGUGUGUGGUGGCCCUGACUCUGAGCUGGAUGCACCUUGCUGCUGGCAGCCGAGGGAUCAGGGGAAAAAGGCAGAGGCGGAUCAGCGCCGAAGGGAGUCAGGCUUGUGCCAAAGGCUGCGAGCUCUGUUCGGAGGUCAACGGCUGUCUCAAGUGCUCACCCAAGCUCUUCAUCCUGCUGGAACGGAACGACAUCCGCCAGGUGGGCGUCUGCUUGCCAUCCUGCCCACCUGGAUACUUUGAUGCCCGCAACCCCGACAUGAACAAGUGCAUCAAAUGCAAGAUUGAACACUGCGAGGCCUGCUUCAGCCAUAACUUCUGCACCAAAUGUCGGGAGGGCUUGUACCUGCACAAGGGCCGCUGCUACUCAGCCUGUCCCGAGGGCUCCACAGCUUCCAAUGGCACCCUGGAGUGCAGCAGUCCUGCACAAUGUGAAAUGAGUGAGUGGUCGCCAUGGGGACCAUGCUCCAAGAAGAAGAAGCUUUGUGGCUUCCGGCGGGGCUCCGAGGAGCGGACACGCAGGGUGCUGUUGGCCCCUGCAGGGGACCACACGACCUGCUCUGACACCAAGGAGACCCGCAAGUGCACAGUGCGGAGAACGCCAUGUCCUGAGGGGCAAAAGAAGAAGAAGGGAGGCCAAGGUCGGCGUGAGAACACCAACCGGAACCUGGCCCGGAAGGACAGCAAGGAGAUAGGUACUGGCUCUCGGAAGCGCAAGGGGCAGCAGCAGCAGCCAGGCACAGCCGGGCCACUCACAUCCGCAGGGCCCACCUAG